AUGAGAGUAACUCAACCCGAGGUUCCGGUAGCUCGCGAUUCAGAGGCAGCUAAGCAGGCCGGCAGACGUCUUUUCUUCAACGAGGUGCCGGAAACCCCAUCCAAAGCCAGCCGACGAGGCCGAAGACCGCAGCGGCGCGUACUAAAUGCCGAGAUUAAGAUUAUUCCCUCACUCAUUUGGGGACCAUCAUCAACCAGUUCGAACAGUACAGAGGAGACUCGGGAUACUGAAGCCAAGCUACGAAAUACACUAUUAGGCCAGCCCACGUAUACGGACUGGGGAUUUUGGGCCCGGCCGUCUGGGGGAGGAGAGCGCGCGAUAACGGCCACAGGGCAUGGCAGGGCAGGGCAGGGCAGGCAGGGCUCAAGGGCCGACCAGGAGGAGAAGGGUUCGAGCGGGUUGACUCGUGAGUUCGUUCUCCAGGUCAUCGGGACACUGCCCCAGCACAGAGAGAGGCCAACUUUGGAGCCAAGCUGGGGUUGGCUGUCAACGUCGUCCUGGAUGCCCAUCCCCCUUGCGAGCGAAGGUUGCCCUGCAGGUAACCAGCAGCAAGGGAAACGGAGAGGCGUCGGCGGCAAAGCCACGAAUCCUACCAAGGGUUUCGGGUUAGUUAGUCGAGGGCAACAAGGCUAUGUGGGAGUUCUGGCGACAGAAGUUUGGAUCACGACGAUGGUUGAUGGUGGCUCUAAGCCCUCAUUUGGCGGAACGGGGGAAUUGCCCCUGGUUCUGGUUGUCAUCAACCAACAGGCAACGCCGGCAGAAGAUGGAGCCAUAUCCUCUCUCUUUUCAAACAUGCCCUUCUCCAUCUUCCCCCUUGGCGCUGGCGCCGCCGGCGCCGGCGCUGGACUUGAACCCAGCAGAGACGCCGCUGGACUAGAGCGCCCUGGUAAACCAUGGUGA